AUGACCCCGGCGACUGAGGCAUGGACACACCCUCAGCAGCCCUGCCAUGAGCAGAACCUGGCCAGUAUGGGCUGGGAGCACAACCAGGAGCGUGGGCGGGCCAGCGACAGUGACUCAGACGCACGACGAGGUCCCCGAAGGGAGUCCACUGAGGCAGCACAGAUCGGGGUCAACAGAAGGACAGGCGGGAGAGCCCUCAUCCUCGGUGCCCAGGAGGCACGUUUCAAGCCAAACGUGGAGGGAGAGCAGGAAGGCCCGGAGAGGAGCCUUGCCCCGCCGGUCCGCCGCCGCCGGCCCGGCUCCGCCGCGCGCAGCCGCCUCACCUGGGCCUGGGUAGCUCGCGGGCGCGCUCCGUGCGCUCUAGGCGGGCGGGGCGGGGAGGGGGCGGAGCCAGGACCCAAAUAUCACGUGACGACCCUUCCGCGCGGCGAAGGCCGCGAGGCGCUCCCGCCCGUCGCACAGCCCCGACGCCUCAAGCCAGCCAAUGGCCGCAGAGCCACGGACGCGCCAAGGGCGGUGUCCGACUCGGAACUACAAGUCCCAGAGGGCCCCGCGCGGGUGCGGAAACGGCCUGGGACGGCGGCCGACUGGGCCAGAAAGCCUGCGCCCGGCAGGCGCACUUGCGGUCGCCUGGAUGUGUGGUCCUCGAGAGCCACGAAGUACCGUGCAUCAAGUAGCGGCCUCGGGGCCGGCUUACUCGCUUCUCCGAGGCUAUGUCUUCCCAUCUGCGGAGCAGGGUCACUUAGACACGAAGUGGAAGGACUCGCUUCGGAGGCCCAACCAGAUCUCAAGGAUCUGAGAGGCAGUGCCGCUGCGACGCAGGGACCACGCAGGGCCUGGACUCGAGAGCCGAGGACAGAAGGGUCGGCGCCCAGGUCUAGGACGGCCCACGGGGACUGCCGAGAGGAGCCGCGCCCCUGGACGCCACGCCUUGAUCCGCACCUGCUGGGGCGCAGACCAAAGCCUUUCCGCCGAGGGCCUUAUGGGGACGGGUCUCCAGAGCGCGCGGCUGUGGAGCUGAAGUUGGGCCACCAGACCAGUGGCCACGGCCGCCGACUGCCCAGCCUCCCACCAGCCCUGCAGCACAUCCUCCCAGCUCUACCACAGGCCCGCAGGGUGGCAGCGACUCCGAGCCUUGGCUUCCUCAGGCCUGUGACACGGACCACAGUGUGCCCUGCUCUGCAGGCUGACGCGAGGCUUGUAGAGCUGCUGAACCUCACGACAGUGCUGCCUGUGGGCGGAAAGCCCGCCAGCCCCACCUUCCGGGCUGACGCAGGAGCUCACCCACCUGGUCUCAUUUGGGGGCGUGAACCCCCCAUUCAAGGCCCUUCCUGGGCCACCAUCACCAACCAUCACAUCCAAAUGCCUGACUAUCCCUUCUCCCUCUCAGAUACCUGCCCCCUGGCCAAGCUGUGGGCUCUGAAAACAGGUGGACAAGGGGGCUUGAAGGGUGAUGGAGGCCGAGAGAAAGGGAAUCCAGGCUGGACCACAGUGGGCUGCUUCCUCAGCCUGACUGCAGGGAGCGCCCAGGGCUACGAGGCGAUCCAGGGAGGACUUGCCAUCCAAGAGCAGUGGCUGCCUGGAGGCCUCCCCACAGCCAAGGACGGGAUCCCUAGACUGUCCAGCAAGGCGGGGCUCAGACCAGGCUCAGGGCCGCACCUGUGCCUGAGGCUGGGUCUCCGCCUGGCCCGGAGGCAGGAGGUCCCCCCUGGGGCUGAAGCCCUGCGUGGAAGCGAUGCUCAGGUCCCAUCUGGGAACCUGGGGGCCUGGGAACGUGUCCUCGUCCAGCAUCCGGGUCUGGACCCCGUCCGAGUCACUCCCUCGUGA